UGUUGGUUUUGUUGUUUUAUAAUAGGAAGCAAUGCUGCAUACGAAGAGUGCGAGUCAUAAACAUGUUUAUCUUGUUUUUGGUCUAUAAUGUAAUACUUUAUGCUUAAAACUCUCAAGCCGUGUUGUGUUGACUGGUUUAAAGUUUUGGCUUUUGCUCUGCCACCAACAUUUCUUUGCUUUUGUGGUCGAUCGUUGGUGGUUUGAAUAAACAACCUGUUGCCCUGUUUGAAUCAGUUCUUGCUUUAACUUUCAAACGAAACGUAUGCUCUACAAGAAAACCAACCAAUAAAAAACACAGCUUAUAUUUCGUACUAAACUACAGUCUAAAUAAAAAAAAAACAUAAUUAAAAACCAUAAUACGGCAACGUUUUAAUCUAAUAAUAAAGUUUAAAAGUUAAAAAUAAUGAAUUCUAUGCCAUAAUAAAAAGUUACAAAUCGUUAUACUAGUUGCACUAUAUUAAUUUAAUCGAAUCUUUAGUUUAAAAUAAGUUUUGUUUGUCUAACAACAAAACUAAACGAAACAAAACAGAACAUAAGCCUACUACUUACUACAGGCAAAAUGUUGCAGCCACGUGAAGCCAGACUCUUAUGGAGGAGGCGAAAACGAAGACAUGGUUUGGAUGGUCUGUUCGACAGUAAAAUCUGCUAUUACACACUCAUAAUUAUUGGGUGCCUAACGCUUUUGCCACAGGGAUUAACACAACACAAUGAUGAAAUUUAUAUUGUUAAACCAACGCCUGCUUUACGUUUGGACAAAGAAGAAUUAACCACGGUUUUAUUAGUGAAUAACGAGAAUCAUGGUCGCUUUAUUAAUGUAAGACCGGAAGUAGGACUCUUGACAUCUACGGCUCGUACGUUUAUACAAGAAGGUGUAACGACGGAAUAUGCUACUCAAGUUGUGGGUACUACUUUGGAUAAUGGCAGAGUAUAUGCCCAAUAUUUAAAGAAAAGUUCACGAGUUUUAUAUGACAGUGGCGUACCGGUACCCUCGGUUAUUACAAGCUGGGUGGGGGAGUCGUCACUGCACAGUGACUCGCCGGCCUUUUUACCUCAAAGUCAUAAUGAUUUAUUUAAUGCGGAUCAGCCGGACUGGCAGGCCAUUGAUGAUCGUUUAAUUGUUGAUCGUCGCCAUCAUGAUGAUUUUGUUGGUAAUACCGAUUAUGUAGGCUUACGUCGUAAGCCAUUGUUAGCUACAAGCUCUCACGGAGUUGAUGAAAUAAUAUCAGUCGGAACGGUUUCCAAACCUGUUUAUAAUUUUGUAACCCAACUAGGAGUUUUGGAGGAGAACGCUAGAAAGGUGGCAGCUAAUAAAGUAUUACCUAUUGGAGAUCUGCCAACGUAUACAAUCAAACAGAAUUAUGAACCUAGUGCUUAUUUAAGUUCUAAUCAUGAUGAUAUUUUGGAAGAGGAAGAUAGCGACGAUUCUUUCGGUCGUAAUCCAAAAUUAAUAUACAAAAAAUUAAUGCAAAACACUGGCCGAAGCGAAAGUGAAAAAGAAUCUCCUGCUAAACCUUUUAUUCCAGUCACUAGACACUUGGCUACAGUAACUUAUUAUGGAUUUGCUGAUUUUACUACAGUGGUAGGUGAUAGUGUAAUCGUUUUUUCACCUAGUACUUCCACAAAUAAUGUAAAUUAUAAGGCUCAGAUUACUUCCAUAAAGGGGGAAGCAACAUUAGCUGUUGGCUUGCCUCAAGGUCCAAAUAUAUCAAAAGUACCUAUAACGAUUGCACAGGACCUUAUAGAGCCAACCAUAACUCAGCAACCUUCGAUAGAAACGACUUUAGAAACAGGAUCUAUUAAAAUGCAAAUGGAGUCUAGCCAUGAGGAAUCUACUUCCACUCUUACCACUUCUCGUUUAACUGAACAUAGUUCAAGUAAGAGCACAUUAAUGGAUUUAGAACCGAUUACAUUAUUGCCAUCCUCCGAAGUUGUUAUAACAUCAAUGACCAGUAAAAUGUCAAGUAUGGAACCACAUUCAAUAGAGGCCCCUGUAAUGCUUUCUAGGCCCUCAGAUGAAGAAAUAUUGAGAAUUUAUAAUGCCUUGGCUAAUGCCAAUAAAGAUACAGAUAAAAUUAAAAUUGAACCAACCACUGCCAUCAACACUACUAUUGCAACAACCGCUGAAGCCUCUAAAGAUGUACCACAUUUGGAAACAUCAAAUGUCCAAAUAUUUGGAGGAGCCACUACAAUAUUUUUCGAAGAUGAUCCAUUUGCUAAUUUUGUUGAACCCGUUAAAACUAGUUCAAGCCUGGAGUCAUCCAUAUCUGCUCAAAAUACUUCAAGCUCUAACGUCAUAAGUGAUAGCUCGAUUUCGACUACAGUAUCUUUAGCCAUAGAGGAAUCGUUAUCAACAUUAGAUAAAACUAUUGAAGUAAAUACACAAGAUGUUGAAAUUGUUGAAACAACUACUACUGAUCAGCCACCACUGAUGUCAUCCGAAAUUAUUUUAGAUACUUUAAUUAGCAAUUCAGAAACUCCUUUCAAACCUAACACAAAGCAAUCUUCUCAAGAUACAAUUCAAUCAUCCAAUAUAUUGUCUAAUGUUUUAAUUAAAGAAAUUGAUCCCAAUAUGGAAGAAGUUCCAGUGGAUUGCAUAAGUACGUCACAAGUAUUUUUAACUCAAUUACCCAAGACGGUUACAAAUUUUGAAACAGUUGUCACAACAAUAAAUGAAUCGGAGUUAAAAACCGAAAUUCUACAAAAAAUUCAGCCAACAUUUGAAAUUAAAGAGGCCACUAAAUAUUACUGCAUACAAGCGUCAAAAAUCCAGUCUACAACUGUCGAUCAAAUCGGACUUUCUUCUGCUGUAAAUACUGAAGGUGAAGAAAAAGAAGAUGAGCAAAAGCAGCUUGCUAUAGCUGAGGUAACCGAAAUGUUUGAUGCUGAGGGUAAAACAGAAGCUGCAGUUGUUAUAAAUACAACUGAAGAAAUUUUACUGGACGUUAAAACCGAACGACCAGAGGAAAAUAAGGAUCAGGACAUUACAGAAAAUAAGAAUCAGGACAUUACUGAACAUUCAGGAUCAAGUGAUGAUGAAAAAGAAGAAGAAGAGGAGGAGCCGGAAGAUGAAGAAGCAUCUGGCCUUUCAGAGGAAGAUGAUGAAGAUGACGAAGAAAUUGAAUUAAUUUAUAAAACUUUGUAUACUACUUACACCUAUCUAACUACUUUCUUUCAUGAUGAUUCUACUUCCAUAUCCAGCCAUACAGAAGUAGUUACAAAUGUUAUGACAUCAACUUUGGGUAUAAGUUCUACUAAGGAAUCUCUAGCAACAAAUCUCGUUGCUAAUUUAAAUGAUAAUGAAAUUAAUCCAACUAUUAUUGGUUUGGAAAUGGAAACUACUAAGCGUUUUGUAGUUCCCUCAGAAGUUGAGAGUCUUAUACGUACAGAUGAGCACAUGCAAUCAGAGAACGAAGCUAAUUUAGAAUCCAGUAAGAGUUCCGAAAGUUUAGCUACAUUUUAUACUACCUAUACGUAUUAUACCACAAUUUUUGCCGAAGGCGAAACGGAUAUAAUGUCCCACACUGAAGUUAUAACAAACAUUAAGAAAUCUUCGACUUCCGCUUCAGUGGAGGCGGAACAAAUUAUGCCCACCUUAAUUGCUUACCAAAGUAUGCAACAGUCAAAAGAUGAAACAAUUGAAGCAGAAAAUAGCAUAACAUAUAAAUCGUUUAGUGAAAACGAAAAUACGGCAAUGUCUUCGUCUGCAACUUCAGCAGCCAAUGAUGUUUCUAAUUUACCAAAUAUACCCGAUCUUGGCGAUCUUACUGCCAUAACAUUGGUUACCGAUGUACGUUCGUCCAGUUCGCCUGGAGAAAAACAAAUUAUUAACAACUUGGAAGCAUCGCAAAAAAUUUAUAAUGAUAAACCAUCCGUAUUGGAAGAUCAAAUCAGUUCUGAAAGUAAUACCGAUACAGAUGAAAUAAUACCUUCAGCAACACUACUUUUACAAACUAGUUUUACCACUUUUACUUAUUAUACCACCAUGUAUAGUGGCGAUAAAACCAAUGUCAUAAGUCGUUUGGAAACAAUGACAAACACUGUAACUGAAACAUUACAACCCUCAAAAACGAUUGAUUUAGAGGGGGCCUCUGUACCCAUUACGUAUUUCACGACCUUUACAUAUUGGACAAAAUUAGCAAGGGAAGGUCAAAUAACGACUUUAAGUCGUGAAGAAACCAUAUCGAAUAUUAUUAUACCAACUAUGGUCCAAUCACAAAUGGAAAGUGUAGAUGUCGCAGCGGAAAAGGCCAGUGAUACAGCUGAAAUGACUGAAUCAUCUGUACCAAAUGAAACUACAAUGCAGGUACCUAGCGAUAAAAACGAAUAUAUAUUAGUUCAAUCUGCAGAGGCAGAAAUAGCAAAUAAUUUGACUUCCAAUCAAUAUACAACAAAUUUAUUAGAGCCCACCACAUACUAUACAACAUAUACGUAUUACACCACAUCAUAUGAAGUUGAUAAGACUAUAACGGAUUCACGUUUUGAAACUGUAACCAAUAUUAUAACACCCACUGUUACCUUAUCAAAUUCCGGCGAAUGGGAAUCAACAUUACCUACACCUCCACCACCGAAUACAGAAACCCGAAUUGAGGACAAGUCUUCAACAACUGAUGUAAUUUUGUAUGACUUUAAAAAAAUAAUUGAUGCUGAUGGUAUUUCCACCAUAUUUUUUACAACAGAAAUUAAACCGUCGAUAAAUUCAGAUGGCAUAACCACUGAAAUUAUAAGUUCAACAUCUAGUCUACUUAUAGAUGAGGAAAAGCGGCGUAUCCAAGCGACAGAGUCUAGUGAAAGUUCCACAGCUUCUCUUGGUGUAGAUGGCCUAACACAAAAGCAAUAUAAGACGGGCUUGGUGAGAUUAAUUGAAGGUACACGUAUUUCAAAUCGUACAACGACUUUGUAUCAAAGCAAAGUUAUAGGAACAGUUAUAGAUCAACGUUACGCUCAAAUUAUAGAAAGCACAUCCAGUUUUAUAUUCGAGAAUACAAAGUCUCCGUCAGAGGUCGAAAUCAAUCCAACAAGUACAACAAGUGGUAAUCAAAAUAUACCAGCUACCCAGCAAGUUGAACUUACAAGUAGUAGUUUAAUGCCUUACGUUGAAGGUAGUAUUAUAGAUACAACUGCUGAGCAGGAAAUAGAGACCACAACUAAACCAGAGACAGAAAUAGAAAAUGCAGAUGAAGAAAAUUAUUCGAAAACAGAUGAAAAGCUACGUUUUCCAUUCCAGACUAAAAAACCAGCAUUUAUAUCGCCACUUAAACCAUUUUCGAAUAGAAAUCGCCCACAAUUUGCUCCGAAAAAGAAUAGUAGUGCCACCAUAAUAACAAGAAGCGAUUUUACACCUACAAUUACUGCUACUCCCGCUUUAAAAACCAUAAAUCGUUUUUCAUCCUCACGUAGAGGAAGUGCCAAUGGUGGUAUUGCCAGCAGCAAUUCUGUAUCGCUUGCCUCAUCGACCAGACGUUUUAAACGUCCAAACAAACAAUCAUCUAUUGCAGCAGGAUUGCCAAAUGCUUCAACACUAGGUUCAACCGCAUCGCGUAAUCGUUAUGCGUCUUCAUCUAGUGCCAGAGGUUCAUUUUCUGGUUCUAGCUCCAGAAGGGUGGGAAAUUCAGCAUCAACAAUAAGACCGUCAUUUUCCCGACCAUCUUUGUUUUCAACGGGCUUUCCUAAUAAUUCAAGGCUAAGAGUUAAACCUACUGCUACUACAGAUUUAGGAGAAAUAUCUUCAAUUGCUGAUGCUUCAACUACAAACCCAUUAAACUCUCAAGAAGAAGGCGAUUCUCUCGAUCAAAAUGAUUCAUCGGACGAUGAUGAAGAAAAUACAACUACCGAAAGCAAUAGAAGACAAAAUAAUCCUUUAUUACGUUUACGUAGACCCCUUAAUAGGCCCCAAGGUUUCACACCUGCUCGCACCCAACAAAAUUCUAAUUCUCCCAGCAAUUCAGGCGUAACAUUGAGAAGAAAUCCCUUAAUUGCACGAUCACGCAGUAAUAGUAAUUCGGCUUCUUUAACAACUACAACCACAACUACUACAACUAAUAAACCAAAAACACGGAGCUAUCAACCAUUACUUACGCAAAAUAGACUGAGACCUACUAACUCACUAUUUCCACCACGUAAUAUAUUCGGAGUACAAAAACAGGCGGUAACAACUGAGGAAAAUAGGGAUUUAUCGGAAGAAGACACAAACGAAAAUAAUGAAAAUGAUGAUUCGGAAUACGAAGACGAUGAAGAUGAUGAAGAGGAUUCUGAGAAUGACGACGAAGAUGAAGUAAAAAGAAGAAGAAGGUCUCAUUAUAAAACGGAUGCUAAAGAAAAACAAAAAAAUCGUAAAAAGCGUGAAGCCGAUAGUAACCAGCAAAAUCGUAGCAAUUUCCGACAACGUUUUAGAAGACCUAAAUUAGCUACACAUCAAACUGUGCAGCAAGCAGAAACUAAAAGUAAUGAAGAUGAAGUAAGUGAAGCUAAAGAAGUGCCAGCUACAACUCAAAGAACACGUACACGCUUCGGAGGUCGUUACUCUGGACAUUCUUCGACUGCUUCUUCUACCACAAGUGCUACUACAUCUGCAGCAACUUCAUCAACAUCGUCCAACCAUAAGGUUGCAAUACGACCUACCCGUCCUACUGGUAACAACGGCCGAGCUCAAUUUACUUUACGUGAAAAAGAUUCCUCCCAAACGAGCACUACACAAAAAGUUAUAACUUCUGCUAAACGUCCUGCAUUCCGUAGACCUCAGCCCGGUAGUGGUAGUGUUUCAACACGACGUUUGCCAAGUUCGACAUCACCAUCAGCUUCAUCUUCCUCAAGUGGUAAAAGACGAUUAAAAAGCUUUAACAACCAAGAUUCAACUACAACUUCACGAAAUUCGGUUACAGGCCGAAAUCGCUCUUCAUCCAGUACUUCGGGUCGUUCACGUCCUUCUUCAGGAUCCUCUAGAGAUAAUAUAUCAGGCCGUAAUAGACCUAGGAAUAAUCAUAAUUAUAACAGCAACAACAACAAUAACAAUAAUAAUGAAGCUUUAGUCAUUGAUAACAGUGGUACAAUAACUGUUACCCAUGUUAUACCAGCAGAAGUCACUAUACCAGUUGUAAAUGGCAAGAUAACCGAAUACAAACAAGUUGUUACAGCUAAAACCAGUACAGAAGUUUUAGGGCCCCAGCAGUAUACAACAACAAUUGGUAACAAUGGUCUAACUCAGUUGGCCCUGACCAGAGAAGAUUCCUCGGUUAAUUACAAUGGAGCUACCGAAAUUACACAAUAUAUUUUGCAUGAAACUCCCACCACUACCAUAACAUUUACCCCAACUACUAUACGAGGACGUAAAACUUCGUUUUCUCAUGUUCUGCCUUCCACAGUAUACUCAGUGGAGCAAGUGGUAAGCACGCAGCAACCUCAAAUCUCAGCCAAUGCUCCUUUGGCCAAUAUAUUACUUUCACAGUUGUUGUUAGGAAAUGUAGGUCUACCAGCCGCUAAUCCUUUAUUAGGAGCAUUGGGAGGAGCACUUUCACAGCCUGGUGUUGUUGGCCCUCCCCAACCGGCCACACCCGUUACCGAGUAUAAAACCCACGCUUCCACGUAUGUAACUACAGUAUUUGAGGGACAAUCGACAGUACUUCCCAUUACCUUCCAGGGAAAGAAAAUAUUAACUACCAUAUUUGAUACAACAGCCCAAACAAUAACAGCAACUGAAUUUAUAACCGACACAAUUGUUACCACACCCACUGUAGCACAACAGCAGCCGGUAGUCAAUAGUUUACUUUUGCAGCAACUUCUAUUACAACAACAUUUGCAGCAGCAACAAAUUCAACAACCCACACCGGAUCCAACUUACCCCCUUAAUGCUAUACUAAACUCAGUACCCCCACAAUUUUUACUAAGCGGCGAUAAUUUACAAGAAUUGGAAGCAUCAAAUAACAUACGUGGCUCAGGACAUGGUGACAUUUUGCUAAAUGAAGAUGAUGAUUUUUCAGUAGGCAGCAGUUCCGUGGAUAUAGAUGACAUUGCUCUUCAAGCUCAGGCCCAAACACAUAAGACAGGUAGAAAAAAAACUCGCAAAAGUAGCAAAAACCAUAAACGUAAACAAAACAAUAAUGCUGAUUCCCAUCCACCAAAUGAAAGCAGUGUAAUAACUUUGUAUGUAUCUGGCAGAAGACCCGGAGAAUUUAGCACAGUUUUAUCAACAGUUCAAAUACGACCCGACUCAACUUUAUACAAACGUCAUGCCCAUACUAUCGACAGUGGCACCGAUUAUUUAAAUGAAGGCAGUGAACUGGUCAACGAAUAUUGGGCACUGCCUCCCAAAAUAAUUUUGCUGGAUGGUAAAGACAAAAAUGAAAAUGAGCUAACAUAUGAAAGUAAGGCUGAUGAAACGGCUACACAGUCACUAGAAAGUAUCGUUGGAGAUGUUAGUCUAUGGUAUAAUACACAAAUAUCAGCCGCAGCUACAAAUACUGCCAAACUGUCAGUAUCCUCAACAGAAAAAAUUGAUCAAAAGUCAAGCCCGGAUUCCUAUAUUCAAGACAUUCUAGUGAAUUCCAGUAAACAACAUUUUUUUGCUUAACUGACCUUGCUAAGCCGUUUGUCCCCCAGCUUCAGACAAAGGUCAGAAUAAAUGCAACGCUAACAUGUCACUAUCAACAACUUUCUACGGGGCAAAUACAAACAAUCGGCAAAUACUUAUUGGCACAAACUCAAUUACAGUUAAAAAAAAAUCAAAAUUUUCAUAAGCUUAGAAAACGUAGCAUAACAGAAGAGAAUGUUUCAUCACAAAAACCAAAAUUACGUCGCAAGUUAAUAAUAAGAAGAAAAGUUGUACCAACAAAUUUAAACAUGAAAAUGUCACUUGAGUUAGAUACAACAAACAACAGAGAUGACAAUCAAACCCUCCUUCCGCGAAAACGUGUAAGAAUAAUUAAGCAUAAGAAACUAUUGAGAAGCAAUAAUACUAUAACGACAAUGUCACCUAACAUCAGCACACUCUAUAACUCCACCACCACGAGCUCAAUAUCAACGUCGACCUAUACCACUAUACCAUCCAUCAACAUUCAAAAUGAAGCCGAAGUUAAUAGUAAGUUCGAAACCACGACAUCAGCGAUGGAGGAACAAUCAAGUUCACAUAAACAUAUUUUUCAAUAUACUACAGAAUCACAACUAGCAGAUGACGCAAACGACGAUAAGGAUGAAAUCGAAAUUUCAACAACUCCAACAACUACCACGACAACGAAAAAGUCAAACAAAAAAAGGAAACGUAAACGCCAAAGGCAACGGCAACGUCACCAAAAAAAAUUAAUGGAAAUAAAAGUACCUGUCACUUCCACCAACAACAAACCCACCCCCACCACAACCCUUCUAACAGUAACUAGUUUAACAA